UGUGAUCAUAACUUUCUCUGGUUAUUUACUGCUUUCCAUUAUGUGCCAUGAUAGUGAAAAAGAGUCGUUUUAAGCGACGUUGAUUCAUUAUGAAAUAAAAUGACAAUAAAAUUGAACGACAAUAAUUAAAGUAGAUUAAUUUAGAACAUUAUACAAUGGCGAACACAGCACAUUUGAUGAGGCGACAGAGUUCGCGGGACCUCUAUGCCCAGAGGUCCAUGGACCGUAUGGAGAUGAAGGAGUUGCGUGGGCGAUUGGUCACUAUGGAAAAUGGCCAUCCCUCGCACCGUGCCCAUGUCAUGUACGGUGCUACAAACGAGGCAUUCGAAGAUACAAGCCCUAACAGGCGCUCCUCUGAAACACCUACAAGUAAGGCGAGUUCUAUUGAAGAACGUGGGGCGAUGAAGCCUGAAGGGGGGGAAGGCGAGAGAGAAUCUUGGGAUAGUAAGCUGACGUUUCUUUUGGCGACGGUGGGCUACGCUGUCGGGUUGGGCAAUGUGUGGAGAUUUCCAUAUUUAGCGCAGAAGAAUGGAGGUGGAGCGUUUCUGAUACCUUACUUCGUAAUGUUGGCUAUUGAGGGGAUUCCGAUAUUUUAUUUGGAACUGGCGAUUGGUCAGCGGCUGAGGAAGGGUGCGAUAGGAGUAUGGCACCAGGUAUCGCCAUACUUGGGAGGGAUAGGGAUCAGCUCAGCGGUGGUGUCGUUCAACGUAGCAUUGUACUACAACUCGAUAAUCGCGUGGUGCCUGUUUUACUUCGCGCAGAGUUUCCAAGCGGAGCUGCCGUGGGCUGAGUGCCCGAAGAAAUACUUCGCCAAUGGAUCUUAUACCACGGAACCAGAGUGUUUGGUCAGCAGCCCGACCCAAUACUUCUGGUACAGAACCACGCUCCAAAUCUCCGAUGACAUAAACUACCCUCAAAACUUCAAUUACAAGAUCGCCCUGGCCCUCGUCAUUGCCUGGAUCCUCGUCUACAUGUGCAUGAUCAAAGGCAUCGCUUCCUCAGGAAAGGUGGUCUACGUCACAGCCACCUUCCCCUACAUUGUUCUAGUUAUUUUCUUCUUCAGGGGCAUCACAUUAAAGGGAAUGAGCGACGGCCUCAUCCAUCUCUUCACUCCGAAAUGGCACACGAUUUUAGACCCUGUGGUCUGGCUCGAAGCGGGCACCCAAAUAUUCUUUUCGCUUGGCUUGGCUUUCGGCGGCCUAAUUGCCUUCUCGUCAUACAACCCAGUCGAUAACAACUGCUACAGAGACGCGAUUAUGGUCUCUAUGACAAACUGCCUAACGUCGAUGUUUGCUGGCAUUGUUGUGUUUUCGAUUAUAGGCUUCAAAGCCACAAUGGUGUAUGAAAAAUGUUUGGAAGAUCGGAAUGCGACGUUAUUGGAUGUUUUUGGUCCGUCGUAUAAGUCCAUGGUUUUUCCGGAGGCGGGACAGAUGGUGGCGGUGGAUAGGAAUGGUAAUUUCACCAACUUGAUCAUGCCUCACCUGCCGGAAUGUGAUCUUCAAAAGGAGUUGGAUAACACCGCGUCUGGCACAGGCCUGGCCUUCAUAAUAUUCACGGAAGCCAUCAACCAAUUCCCCGGGGCGCAGUUCUGGUCGGUUCUCUUCUUCCUUAUGCUGUUCACCCUGGGGAUAGACUCGCAGUUCGGGACCCUGGAAGGAGUGGUCACCUCCAUCGUGGAUAUGAAGCUGUUCCCGAAUUUGAGGAAGGAGUACCUCACAGGAGGGCUGUGCCUCGUCUGCUGUCUCCUGUCUAUGGGUUUCGCCCACGGAGCCGGCAGCUACAUAUUCCUACUUUUCGACAUGUACAGCGGUAACUUUCCACUGCUGAUCAUCGCUUUUUGCGAGUGCAUCGGGAUUGCGUACGUCUAUGGUGUUAAAAGGUUCGCAGACGACAUAGAACUAAUGACGGGCACUCGACCAGGCAUAUACUGGUUGAUCUGCUGGAAGUACCUCUCCCCAAUGGCGAUGUUGGCCAUCCUGAUCUCAUCCUUCGUGGAACUGGCCACCGAUGGGUCAGGGUAUGACGCUUGGAUCCCAUCAGAAGGGGACACGGUAAAGAAACCCUGGCCGAUUUGGGCUGUGCUGCUGGUUGUGGUGUUGGUGCUUGCUUCUGUGCUGUGGAUACCUGUAUUGGCUAUUUGCAGAUAUUUCGGCAUCCCAAUCAUAGACGAUGAGGAACGCGCCUGGUUCCCAGCUGAAGAGCUCCGGGACUUCCACGGCAUCGAACCGAGGCCAGUCUCCGCUACAGAGACGUUGCUGUUCUGCACUAGACCUGAUGGCAGUGAGCGAUGCUGCUGGCCAGGCUGCUGCGAAACUGAUGAUGAAGAGUAAGGAAGAUUUUAUGGAAGAAAAAUAUAUCAAGAACGAGGUAGAACGAAAGAAAAUAAUAUCACAAUGUAAUAUUGAAAGUUCGUGACAAUAAGAUAAAAUCGUCUAGAUACAUUUUUGAAUAGUGAAAAUUACGAAUGAAAUUGUA